AUGUUCGUCUUCAUCAAACAUGGAGAUAAUCAGCAGUUUCUGCUCAAUACCAAUUGCUCAGUCCUCCUGUUAUUGCAUUACAUCCGUCAUAAAAUGGGGUUAUCUAAAACAGAAACCAUCGAUUUGUGUGAUGAAAUGGGGACAAUGAAGUUUCUUUUCCUGACAAAGACCCCUGGAGACUAUGCCAGCAAAUUCCUUACGGCCCGAAACACCUACUACAUUUGUAGGGUGGAUCGUGGAGCACCAGGAACCCGACUUGAGAAUGCCUACAAAAAUUUCGUGCCUCUUCUGAAGAAUCCAGACCCUGAGCUACUUGAGGUACUGCGGGCACAAUGUGACCUCCUAGAGAAGAACCGGGUGAAGAUGAUUAGAAUCCAAGAAGCCAAGAAGGUCAUUCCAAUCGAAUCCACUGCAAAUCUUCCAUCUAAAUCAGGACGAUCAGAAGAAGAGAGUACUCCUACCACGCGGAGGAGUCCACUCUUUAAGACCAGAGCAGAUUUCCUCAAGAGGGAUAAACAUCAUUGACUAAAUAAACGGACCAAGUGAGAGCACUAA